AUUGUAAUUAUGAGUAUGUUACCAUUUCCAAAUUUAAACAAAUCUGAAUUUAAACAAAUCUGAAUUCACUUAUCUCUUUUCAAAUUUAAGGAUCCCCACCCCAAUGUACAUGUUCUAAAGUGGUAAUUUACUAGUAAUUUGAUUUCCUCCUUGAGCAAUGGUCAAUGUCCAUUCCUGGUUUUGUGUGAGAAAUUUCAAAUAAAAACCCUGAUACUGAAUUGCAACGGUCAAGAACUCUCUUCUGUGUCUGAACUCUGAACCUAAUCGUUCAAUGGCGACCCAAAUGGAAGAAGAGGAGAUGCACCAAAUCACCAGCAACGACGAUUCUGAAGGAUCCUCCUACCUUGGUUCGGAAUUCGACGAUUCGGAAGGAGACCCCGAUUUCGAAAUCCUCGAAGAAACCCAAAUCAGCUUCUCAAAUCUCUCAGUCACAAGCAAGGCGAAAGCGCGCUCUGUUAAGGGUAAGGGCCUGGCUACCACUGAGAAUGACCCACAAGUGCCAUCUCCUGAUGAUGAUGAUUUUGACAUAGUUCAGAAAACAAUAAAUGCGGGGUUGCUGGAGAAGCUGAAAGUGGAUGAGUGCAAGCUCUAUUUGAGGAAGAAUGGUCUGAGGCUAACUGGGAAUAAGGCUACACUCAUCCAGCGUAUAAAGGAGCAUCUAGAGAUUGUGAAUGGUGAAGGGGAGAAAAAGUACCCGCCUUCUAGCUUUGUAUUGAAUUGUAAAGGUGAUGCAUGCACUGGUGAUGUUGUUUUGUUUGAGCAGAACGUUUAUGAAAUGUUUAGCAUAGCAUCUAGGAGUGCCACUGGUCCACCUUGUGGCAAAAGGACUGUUGCAGGCCGCAUAGUGAAAGAAAGCUAUGGUGCUGCCAAGCAGCAACAUACAUUUACGAUUGAAGUGCUCUGGAGCAAAGGAGAAAAGCCUCUCCGUCCCCUUUACCCUUUGCUGAUUAAGGGUCGAAAUCUUUAUAGGUUGAAGACAUUGAGACAGAAAUGGGAGGAUGAAGGGAAACGGCAGCAAAUAUUGAUGGAAAAACACUCCAGGGGAUUUGUUGCCAGGGCAGAUAGAGAAGUGAGGGUACAAGAAAAGGAGAAGAGGAAAAAUAUUAGGGAAAAAAGGAUUUCCAAAAAGGACUCUGUUAGGAACCAAUGUCAAUCCCAUUCACACAUUGUUGUGCCACGAUAUCAAACUCAAGAAACAGACGUAUCCAUGAAUUCAGAAAAAGCAGAAUUUCCAUCUCAAAAUUCAGGUUUAUCUGACCAUGCAACUAAACAAACAUCUGCUAUCAUAAGUAAACCGACAAUGGGAUCUGACCAAUUGGGAUAUUCAGGAAAAACACCAUUUACUGUCAACCAUAUGUAUAAUCAGCAAAGUUUGAAGUCCUCAGCUGAUUGUAUGAGCACUUUCAAUAGGGGAGCUGAACGUAGUGCAAACUACAAUCGCAAUGACUUCCAUUCCAGAGACAAUCGAACUACUAUUGAGAAACGGAGCACUUUCGGUAGGGGAGCUGAACUUAGUGCAAACUACAAUCGCAAUGACUUCCAUUCCAGAGAAAAUCGAACUACUAUUGAGAAACGCCACCCUUCCAUAGCUGAGAGAAACGGAUUUACAGAGAGGACUUAUCGUAGGGAGCCUUUGGCAAAUGCAAAUCACUUUCAUCCAUUGACUCCUAACAGAGAAAGCUUUAGGCAGGGACAGUUGUGUAGAUAUUAUUCCCGUGGGAGGUGCUAUUUUGGGGAUAACUGCAAAUACUUGCAUGAUCUGUGAGACAAUGGGAAUGCAUGUUAAAAGUUAUGAGAUAUUGUGGUUUGUUGCAUUUCCUUCGAAUAGAUGUUACAAAACCUUCAGGGGCUCAUUAUAGAAACAUACAUGAGGGCCAAUGCUCAAGAUUGUUUAUCACAAGAUGAUGGUGUUUUGAUUUAUUCACACUACAAGAAGAUGGUAUUUUUUUGAUUGAUUCAAGCUAUAUUUUCUCUUCCA